GGUGGGGGGAGGGAGUUUAAAGGAGAAGGGGGGAGGAAAAAAAAGGAAAAAGCGAGGUGGAGAGGAAACAAAACAAUCGCCCGGGCGCCGCCAUCUUGGGUCCGUUCUCCACACCACGCAAGUGAAUGGGUAGCUAUGAAAUUACCACAGGGGCGCAGCAAGGUAGGGAGGGCUAUUCCGCGCCGCCAGCCGGGCCUGAGGGACGAUAGAGCCGGGGUUUCCCCCCUCCCUUGCUUCCUCCGACGCCGCCCUGAGGAGAAAACUCGGCUCGGCCCUUGCUCCUCGGCAGCUCCUCAACUUCAUUAUCGAGGACAUAAAGUUGGGCUCAGCCGGGUUUCCGUCGUCUCCGCCGGCGGCGGCCAGGAAACCGGAGGGUUGGACCUGGGAGUAGCAGGGUCUUCGCAGCCUGGGAAGAAGCGCUAGAGGAGGGCGAAGAGGGACUUCUCGUCCGUCCGCCCUCCCUCUCUCUGUCUCUCUGCGCAGAGGGCUCGCUUGGUCUACGCUGUGUGGGAGGCACAAGGGGGAGAAAAAAGGCGAGCAAGGAUUGACCAGGCUCCGUGCCCUCGCCCGCCCCACUUUCGUCUCCUCGCUACGGGUGUGAUUCUGUCUCGGAAGGAAGGGGGGAGGAGAGGAGGAGGAGGGAGGCGAAGCACCACAGAAGCCGAGUUGGAUCGCGUACGAACGGUCCUGCACUCCUGCUUCUACCACUACAGCCACCGAGGGGGACACACCGUGGGAAACCAACGGUGAGCCCAGGAAGAGCUGGGGCGCGGGGGGGAGCGAGGUGUAGGUGGAAGCAUCCAGCUUGAAGAGCCGCCCUGCUGCAAGACAAGGAGGGGAAACAAAUCCCACCUACCCACCCGCCUGGGCUCUCCAGAAGACCGACUUGCCCACAUCUGAUCACCAUGGUUAUUAUAAAGCAUCGUUUCGCCUACUUCGCCAGUUUUUGAGACCGCGCGCACCGCUGCCACUACUUCAGGAAAGAUUUCUCACAAGCCCCUCAAGCCGUUAUUCUUAUUUUUAGAACGGCGAAAAUAUCUUUUUCUAUACCAGCUGGACACAGCGUUAUUUUCCUGUUCUCUCCAUUGCUUUGUGUGGUUUAAAAACCAAAUAUAAGAGUAUUUAAAGCUAGCUUUGGAGCGGGUGUGUGUGUCAUACGGGUUGGAAGAGGGUUUUUUUUAAAGAUUUGAAAACAUUUUUCCUUGAAGGCAAAGCAAAUAUCUGAAAUAUAGUUUGCAUCUUGAGGUGGCCAAAUCAAAAGAUCGCAAAAGGAAGAAAAAGUGGGAAGUUAGAAGGAAAUAUGCAUCUCAUUGAUUAGAUAAGGAAGGACCAGAAAGUAACCUCAUUUGUGGUACUGUGGAGGACUAAUAAACCCUUCAUUUCUUCCCUCUCCUUUCCCUGUUGGUUGCUUUCAACAUUUAGAAACGUCAGUGUUUUAAGAAAUUCACGAUUUUUAAAACACACAAAAAUGGAUUAAUUCACUAUUCUUCUUUCCACUGAAGGCAUGCUUGUGUUGACACUUGAAACUAAGAUGGAACUAUUUCUCACCCAGACACUACAUGCUGUAAAACAGGCGUGAAGACGAAAGUAUUGUUUACUAAUCUCUGUGAGUCUUGCCUGAUUGCAACACCCAUGGGAAUAUCUUACAGAUUUCAAAGUGAAGAAAAAAUGAACUAUGCUCUGCAACAAUUAUUUGCCUAACACUUAACCAUUUUGCUGUUGACCUUUUAAACUGGGUACUUAAUGUGUUUUUAUGAAUAGAAUUUUGCCACUGUUUGUACAGAAGCCAAAUGAUGUGUGUUCCCAAAUAUAUGCAUUUUUUUACUGGAGGAUCUAUUAAGGAAGAGCUGGAUAAAUUGACAUUAUAGAAAUCCAGUUUUACUCUUUUAUGAACACAAUAAUUUCCAAAUAGGUUACUAUAUACAUUAAAGCAAAAGGGGGAAUCUUAAUAUUUGGACAAGUCAAGAAACUGGAUAUAUAGAACUUGUUCAUAUCUGUUCUAAUUAUUUGGAAAAUGGGAGCUGCUACGAAGUUGGUGUUCGCUGUUUUUCUUAUCUCUUGCUCUUCAGGUGCCAUACUAGGCAGAUCAGAGACACAGGAAUGCAUCUUCUACAAUGCUAACUGGGAAAAUGACAACACAAAUCGCAGUGGCAUUGAAUCUUGUUAUGGUGAUAAAGAUAAAAGACGACACUGCUUUGCAACAUGGAAGAAUAUUUCUGGGUCUGUUGAGAUUGUGAAAAAAGGUUGCUGGCUGGAUGAUAUCAACUGUUACGACAGAACUGACUGUAUAGAAAAGAAAGACAGCCCUGAUGUAUUCUUUUGUUGCUGUGAAGGCAACAUGUGCAAUGAACACUUUUUCUAUUUUCCAGAGAUGGAGGUCACACAACCUACUUCUAAUCCUUUCCCAUCUAAGCCACCCCUGUUCAGUACCUUGCUUUAUUCUCUGGUGCCUAUAAUGGGAAUUGCGGUGAUCGUACUUUUUUCGUUUUGGAUGUAUCGACAUCACAAAUUAGCAUAUCCUCCAGUACUUGUACCAACCCAGCACGCCUUUCAUAUAAUGAUAGAGGAUCCUGGACCACCACCUCCAUCACCAUUGAUGGGUCUGAAGCCACUGCAGUUACUAGAAGUCAAAGCUAGGGGAAGAUUUGGCUGUGUCUGGAAAGCUCAGUUGUUAAAUGAAUAUGUAGCUGUGAAAAUAUUCCCAAUCCAGGAUAAACAGUCAUGGCAAAAUGAAUAUGAAAUAUACAGCUUGCCUGGAAUGAAGCAUGAAAAUGUACUACAAUUUAUCGGUGCGGAGAAACGAGGCACCAACAUUGAUGUAGAUUUGUGGCUAAUAACAGCAUUUCACGAAAAGGGUUCACUUACAGACUUCCUGAAAGCUAAUGUAGUCUCAUGGAAUGAACUGUGUCACAUUGCUGAAACUAUGGCUAGAGGUUUGGCUUAUCUUCAUGAAGAUAUCCCUGGGCUAAAAGAUGGACAUAAACCAGCUAUAUCCCAUAGGGACAUCAAAAGCAAGAAUGUAUUGCUGAAAAACAAUCUUACAGCUUGUAUUGCUGACUUUGGUCUUGCAUUAAAAUUUGAGGCUGGGAAGUCAGCUGGAGAUACACAUGGACAGGUUGGCACCCGCAGAUAUAUGGCUCCAGAAGUGUUAGAAGGUGCUAUAAACUUUCAAAGGGAUGCAUUUUUGAGAAUAGAUAUGUAUGCCAUGGGACUUGUACUUUGGGAACUAGCAUCACGAUGCACUGCGUCAGAUGGACCUGUGGAUGAGUAUAUGUUGCCUUUUGAAGAAGAAGUAGGCCAGCAUCCCUCGCUUGAAGAUAUGCAGGAAGUGGUAGUACAUAAAAAGAGGAGGCCUGUUUUGAGAGAGUGUUGGCAGAAGCAUGCUGGAAUGGCAAUGCUCUGUGAAACAAUAGAAGAGUGUUGGGAUCAUGAUGCAGAAGCCAGAUUAUCAGCAGGCUGUGUAGAGGAGCGGAUUAUUCAGAUGCAAAGACUGACAAACAUUAUAACAACAGAGGACAUUGUGACUGUGGUCACUAUGGUGACAAAUGUGGACUUUCCUCCCAAAGAAUCCAGUCUAUGAUAGUUGCACUGGUCACACAUCUUGACCAAUAAGACUCUCUAAACUAGAGCUGCUAAGCUAAUGGGCCUGUUUCUGGUCAAAAUAGUCUUGAGCGUGAAAUGCGGAAUGGUAAGUCUGUCUUCAGAGGGUCAGUAGGAAGACUCCUUGUCCUUCAGACAUGGAUCCAGGAGACUUGCUGCAUUCUUUGCAUAUGCCUGAAGGACACGCAACUGAGAAAAGUGGCAAAAUGAUUAUAAUGAACUUAUUUGAAGAAUAUGGACCUAUCCCAGCUAAUCAAACAUUUUAAAAGCUGACAUACUAUUUCUUAAAGUGUCAGAGACUAAUUCCUUAAAACGAACUACUGCUAUUUUUUUUAAAUCAAACAUUUCAUUUCAGAUUUAAGAAAAAAGGGUAACUUUGUUUUUAUUGCAUUUGCUGUUGUGUUUAUAUAAAUGACUAUUGUAAUGCCAAUAUGACACAGCUUGUGAAUGUUUAGUGUGCUGCUGUUCUAUGUAAUCAAAGUGGGAUCUAGCAAAAAGGCUUCCAAGCAUUACUUAACCUCCCUCAACAAGGUAUACCUCAGUUCCACCUCUGCUAAAUUGUGAAAUUGACAACACUAACAAACUGAAAUAAAUUGAACCAGAUUUUGUAAAUGAUGUAUUACAGAUUCACAGUGUUUGGGUUUUUUUUUUAAAGGUACGCUGUGCUUCGUGCCAACUGUCAAUGGCCAUUCCUAAAACAGUGUGUUAGCCUUGCCUUGUUCUAGCUUGUGUGUAAAAAAGUGUUUAAAUUGCAAUUUCCCCAUUUUUAGUUUAAAGCUUUAUUUUACCUCCAGUUCCCAAAAUAUUUCAUACAUUAAUUUUUACUAAAUAUUAUUUAGGUUUGCUGUGUCUGACGGUUAUUUGAAAACUUAAAGCAUGACUUCUAAAAAAAAUUGUGAGCUAUGGCACUGGAAAGCUCUUAACUAAAAAAAAAAAAAAAAGCUUUUCCCAUUUAUGUAUGUAAAAGUGUUCUGCUGAGCAUAUUUUCUGUUUCAACAGAACUUAGUUUCCACUGUAUCACUACUUCAGGAUCACCUCAGGAAGCUUCAUUAUCGAGAACUCCUCACUCUAUGCGUUGCCUUUUGUAGCUUCAAAACACUUGAUUUUUGGUGCCGACUUGUCAGAGUAAUAUUUGUUGUGAUGCAUAGGUUUACCCUAUGGUCACAGAAAACAAAAACAAACCAGAAACAUGUAUUUUUUUUUUUAAAUGCUUACCAUCAAAUAUGCAAUUACUCCUGUAGAGAUAAUGUAGCACAGUCUAGCAAAAAAGCCCUGCAAAUUUUAAAUUAAAACUUGUAUUCAAGAGGAAUUUAAGAUGUAAAGCCUUAUGAUAAAAGUUAUGGGCACUUAGGAGAGAGGUGCCAAAAGUAAUAAUAUGUUAUAGUUAUUUGAUCACCUACACUUAUACACGCCAAAGUAUGAGUUAACUCUCUAUAAAACGACAGUACUGAAUAAACAGUAGCCAGUAUUAUGAGAUUCUGGUCAAGUCUUUUUUAAUCAUGCAUUAGAUGUACAAGAGAAAUUUUUAAUGUCAAUCAGGAGCUCACUGUGAAUGUUCUCUUCUAAUCAGUUAUUUAUUAGACCAAUCUUGUGUUUUGAUGUGCGGAAUCUCUGGGAACAAAGAGGAAUUGUUUAUAAACAAGAUUUUGGUCCCCAAACACUAAAGUAGGAAGGAAAAGGGUGACAGCAAAGGUGUUCACAUACAACUGGCACACCACCCAGAAACGGUCUGUCUUAUGGCAGCUUACGAACCCCAUGCCCUAACUGAAUUUCAAUUUGCCAUGUUCAGAUGUUAUUAAACGUAUGUACAGUUGUGUGCAGUCUGUAUUUAUACAGAUCUGUAUGCGUAGUAAUCCACAUGCUAUAUUUUCAAGAUGUAUGCAAGUAGUGUACUUCCUGUCUGUACUCCUGAGAGGGCCUGUACCUAAUACUGGGAACUGAUAUGGCAUCCCAACAAAUCAUGUCUAAAAAGCUCUGAACCAGAUUGAUCUGGUUUCUCAUCAAAUUGGAAAUGUCUAUAUUAGGAAAAUGCAAGAAUAGCACCAUUGGUUAUCCUAAAGCAUGUAAGUAGAACUACUUCUGGUUGAAAAUAUAGUUGCAGUUCUUGUCUUGGGAAACUUACCCCAAACUUUCGUAGAGCUGCUUUCCAUCAAACAUUAACUUCCGCCAACAAGGCCCAUGAAUCAGGUGGGAACUAUCUUGUGUAUUUUUGUGAAUGUUUGUUUUGUAGGUCAUAUGGGGAAAUGAUCAAAACUGACAAUCAAGCAUGGCAAUAGGUCUUCUACUUAAAAUGCCUUUUGCAAUCCCUCAAAUAAGUGGUUGAAGUACUUUGUUUAGAUUUGUAAAGAGAACAAUACAUCAUUCAGCAAAAAAACAUUUAUAAUUAUUAAACCUUUACUAGAAUUGGCGGAAGUCACGGAACUACUUUGAUCCAGAUUUAAGAUGUUGUCUCGUAGGGAAUCUCAACAUCAUGUUUCUAACUUAUACAGUACAGUAAAUCUAGAGGUUGACAAGUUUAAAAUGCUUAAGCCAAGGCCCACGGAUAAAAGCCAACACUUUAACAUCUGAGCUAAGAGAGAUUCUCUGCUUUUUGGCAGAUAGUGACCAUUGUCGCUUUAUGUAUUUGAAUCAUACAGCUUGUGUGGAUCUGGCCAGCUCUGGUGGUUUCCUUUUGUAUUUUUGACUUGUGAAGAAAAGCUAGGCCUGUAGCUCAAGCUUUCAGUUGUCUUUGGCUUGCCCGUGUCUACUUAGUUGGCUGCCAUAUAAUUGCCACAGGAGUUAAGAUUAGCCAGUUUUGUGAUCAACUCAAAAAUUUAAACCCUGCAAUACCUUUUCAGUUUGUGUUAGAAGCUAAGAACUUUAUAUCACAUGAUGAUGCAUGACUACUCUUUGUACAGUUGCUACUAAAUAUAACUUAGCAUUUCAGAACAGAUCGUGCCUCGUAAUUGUUGGAGUUCUUGACCUAGCGUUCUCAUUCAUGGUGGUAUUCUGAAAAUGAGUCGAUUGAAAUACACAACUUUAUACCUUCUUUGAUAGCAAAAUCCAUGUGGAGUAGCUCUUGCAUAACUAAAGUGUAAUCAGAUGUAGUAGUAAUAAAUAUUGUUCAUACUACAGUUCUACAGAAUUACUGAUUGUAGUUAACAAAGUGAGGUGACUGGUUGGUUGACUUCUUUUCCAGUAUUCUCUUUUUAACCUUUUUAAAGCAUUUUUAUUAGGAAUAUUUGGUAUAAGAUGCAGAAAGCUAUGUACAGGAUUCUGAGCAAAAUGAUAAAUACUAUCCUUGUUGGAACACCAUUUACCUCAAGAUAUUCAACCAGCAGUACUUUUUUUUUAAUGCACACUCAGUCCAUUUAAGAUCUGUUACCUCUCAAAAUAUUGGUACGCAAUUAUUUUAGCUUUAUUCUGUACUUGUCAGUGUUCUGGGCACAGGUUGUUGUACUACUGUCAAUUAGACUUGCAAUUUUUUGGCAAGUAUUUAAAAAAACCCAUCCUGGAUACAAGUGAUUGUUAAAUAUUGUAUAAAUAAAAUGUAUGCUCUUUCCCUAUCCCAACAGAAAGAUGAAUAAAAAAUUAAGUGACUACUAA